AUGUCAAAUGAAACAGCGUCUAUGAGAGAAAUACAACACAACCGACAACUCAUUAUGCAAGCUCUAAAUAAGAACACAACAAACUUUUCAAACUAUUCUAAGAUAUCUGAGUCAUUGAAAGGGGGUGACUUAAAACUGACAAUAAACCCAAUGACAGAUGAGUUUCUGUUUCAAGACAAUAAGAACCAUACUGUCUGUAUAAAUCCAACAAAAGGAACUUUAAACGAGAAACCUAUAAAUGAACUUCUUUUGAAAGCAGAUGUUGACAGCAAAGCUGACAAAGAAUAUGUAGACGAUGCAAUAGCAAAAGAAGAAGAAAGAGCUAACAAUGCUUAUGCAACAAAAGAACAUACUCAUCCUGAACUAGCAGACAAAACAUAUGUUGACAAUAAAAUGUCAAGUGAAGUGACAAGAGCUGAAAACGAAUAUUCUAAAAAGACUCAUAUACAUUAUAUUAACCAAAUACCAAGUCUUAAGGAAACAUUAGAGACAAAAGCAGAUAAGACUCAUACACAUACCAUUGCAAAUAUUACAAACUUACAAGAAACCUUAAACAGGAAAAGUGACGUUGGACAUACACAUACCAUUGCAAAUAUUACAAACUUACAAGAAACCUUAAACAGGAAAAGUGACGUUGGACAUACACAUACCAUUGCAAAUAUUACAAACUUACAAGAAACCUUAAACAGGAAAAGUGACGUUGGACAUACACAUACCAUUGCAAAUAUUACAAACUUACAACUAACUUUAAACAGGAAAAGUGACGUUGGACAUACACAUACCAUUGCAAAUAUUACAAACUUACAAGAAACCUUAAACAGGAAAAGUGACGUUGGACAUACACAUACCAUUGCAAAUAUUACAAACUUACAAGAAACCUUAAACAGGAAAAGUGACGUUGGACAUACACAUACCAUUGCAAAUAUUACAAACUUACAAGAAACCUUAAACAGGAAAAGUGACGUUGGACAUACACAUACCAUUGCAAAUAUUACAAACUUACAAGAAACCUUAAACAGGAAAAGUGACGUUGGACAUACACAUACCAUUGCAAAUAUUACAAACUUACAAGAAACCUUAAACAGGAAAAGUGACGUUGGACAUACACAUACCAUUGCAAAUAUUACAAACUUAAACGUUAGCCUUGAAAAGAAAGCAGAUAAAACAUAUGUCAAUGAAAUAUACCAAAGUUUGAUAGGAACAAAAAAAUAUUGA